AUGGACGCCGCAGAAAACUUGGAGCAGGUUUUUUCUGUGCAUAUGGCCGCUCCUGCGUUAGCCGUGUUGCAGCAGCUCCGGAAGGACCUCAGCAAGCAGCAGGCUCAGAAGCUGCUGGACAACCACCGUAACUUUCUUCAGUUGGGCACGUGCAGUUUUGGUCGGCGGGGUCAAGCAUCUUACGCAUUGCGCACGGAAGCCGAGGUGCAGCGUCUCUGCAACAUCGCGAACAUAUCCGAUGAAAAUGUGGCGCACUUCUGGUCAAGGGGUGUCGGUCUGCGUUUACGAGGUCCGCAGGGUGCAGCUGAAGUCCGUGUAGCGCAUACACAUGAUGGCUGCGUGUGUAGUGACGUGGGCGAUACCGGUACAGCCGACACGUCAUCCAUGCGUAUCGAUGAACAACCAACCGACGUUCGCGUUGGGAAUGCAGAGCCAUCCAGCAGCACCGCGUCCUUGUACAACAUCACGGCAGCAAUACACGAAGGCGACAUGCCGGACCGUGCGACCGCGACGCAUGCGGCGGUCAUGCAAUUGUGGAUCGCGGCUGCCGGCAGCCUGCGAGCAGAUACCGCCAUAGAGCUCAUUUAUGACUAUGGCAUGGACGCGGGCACCGUCCUCAAGACGGACCAGGAGUUCGCGCGCUCGGUGCUGACGGCCGCGCAGCAGGCGCGAGCGUCGGGCGCCCUCCUGACCACAACCACGCCAGCCAAGCGAGCCGCAAGCAGCCCCGCCGAGCCAGAUUCAAGUGCCUCCCCCCGCACAGUGUAUGUCGGCCAGUCACAGGACCCUCAACGCCGCUUCCAAGCUCAUGCCCGCAACCCACCCAGCCGGAUGAAGGAGGACGCCAGCCGCUACCAACCCUUCCAUGACCACUUCUCGCUCACGCGCCUCAUGUCCACCGCCAAUCCUGCACUGGCCCAACGGAUGGAGGCCUUCUACAUCGCGCAGUUCAAGGCUCGGGGGCCAGGCGGCUACCAUGUGCUGUGUGGGCCGCCUUCCGCCAGCCCGGCCUUCUACGCGAUGAGGCGGCAACGCGCAGGCAGCGCACACACGCCCACCGCCAUCACGGUCCAAGACAAUGACGAUGACGCCCCAGACACGCUCGCCUAGCCCUCACAGCACCUACACGCCUCACGCUUGACGGAGUGGGUCCCGCGUAUUCAGCGCGAGGCUUCCCGACCUUGACCAGUGCUGUUUCAUUAGGGCACGAUCGCCCUUGGGCCGUCAUUCACGGUGCAUACUUGUCCGACCUUAACUCGUGUGUGAACGGAAGCUGCUGCCCUUACGGACGGCAGCGCGUGGGAUGGUCUAUUGCUUGAGGUUUGAGGAUAGGGGGGGGCUCCUUGCGCUCCAUCGCAUGUCCGCUCUUCGAGUGCUCGGGGGGAACUUGGCAGCGUGUAAAACACCCAUCAUGUUCACUGUUCUGGCGUGGCCAUCCACGGGCCACAUCGAUCUUCACUCUAACACUUCUCCUUUAUUCCUCCUUCUUAGCACGGAAACCACGUCACGUGUCCUGUGCGCGCGCUGUUGCUGUGCUGCUGUUCUUGGUCUUCUGGUUGUGGUUCCUGUGCUUCUAGCAAACUCGCGCCAGUGCUGUUUCAUUUGGGCACGAUCGCCCUUAGGCCUUCGUUCACGGUGCAUACAUGUCCGACCUUAGCCCGUGUGUGAACGGCAGCUGCUGCCCUUACGGACGGCAGCGCUUGGUAUGGACUAUUGCGUGAGGUUUGAGGGAUAGCGGGGGGGCCCGUUGCGCUGCUUUGUAUGUCCGCUCUUCGAGUGCUCGGAAGCAAAUUGGCAGCGUGCAAAGCACCCAUCAUGUUGCCUGUCGUGGCAUGGACAUCCGCGCGCAACAAGGAUCGCCACUCUAGGACUACUCCUUUGUUCCUCCUUCAUUGCACAGACACGACGCGACGUGUCCUGUGCGCGCGCUGUUGCUGUGCUGCUGUUCUUCUUCUUCUGGUUGUGGUUCCUGUGCUUCUAGCAAACUUGCGCCCGCAACGACAUCUUGCAAUGUACUUGCAGUUUGCCGUGCGCCAAACGCCAUGUAAGCCUCGUAUGC